AUGCCCUCAAAGUCAACCCACAGGGCGGCCAAUCUCAUCUCUCCAAGGGAGGCUCCAACUAGCUCCUGCUUCACCCUCGCCUUCCUCGUCUACUACGCCCUUAGUUUCCGGCCGCGCUAUGGCGAGAAAAUCUUUCACUACCUCUUCACCGUAGCCCUGCUCGUCGGCGCCAUCUCCUACUUCGCCAUAGCCUCCGGGCUCGCCUACUCCGUCGUCCCGAUACACCUCUAUAGUAGAGACGCCGCGACGUACCAGAUCUUCUUUGCUAAGAUAGAUUACCUGAUUGCUGCUGAUAGGAUUAUUUCAUAUCUUUGCUCUGCCUACACUGCCACCCGGUAUAAGUGGGGAUUUUACGCGUUCAGCACUAUCGCUUACCUCCUCCUCGCCUUCCAGACCAUUUAG